AUGAAUCUUCUUAACAUCUUACUCUUCGUAGUAGGCGUAUCCAGCGCUCCUACCUGGCAAAGUCAAAGCGACGCCGCUGUCUCCAGCAAUGUCUUCUGGUUUCUUCCAAACGCGCCUAUCACCAGGUAUCAAGUCACGGUAGUUGUACCUGCAGUGUCACCGGGUAAAGGACUCCAUGGUGUAUGGCCCGGCCUUCAGAAUCAAGCAGGUAGCUUUGUCUAUCAGAGUGUGCUAGCCGAUUCCAAUUCUCCUGGCGCAUGGCAGUUCUGGGUUGAGUAUUGUUGCAAUCCAGAUUAUAAAGCCCAAGCUAUCAAAGUCUACCCCGGCGACGCCAUAACCAGCACCUUCACAACCGACGGCGCCGGUCUCUGGACUGAUUCUUGGUCUCUAACACCAGGACCACAAGGUCUAAGUGCAGGCCAAACCGCCCAGUCCGGUUCGACGUCACAGAACUUCGCUGAUAGAGGCGCCCUCAUCCGCGGUCUCCUAGCCAUCGAGCUCCAACAAAACGGCGCGUGGGAUUUCGGCGCUGUGCAAUGGAGUAAUAUAGCUAUUACCGCGUCGACUACGGCACCGUGGUGUGCUACUGGGAGUAGCUACGCCGUCUCACCCAACUUCCAAUACUCCAUCUCAGCAGGCACGCAAUCAACGAACGGUGGAUCAACGACAUGUACCUUUCCGAACGUGCGGUUCAACGGACCUUAA